AUCAACGCAUGCAUGCAGUCGACAUACUAUGUAGUACUCUGGCCGCUGUCGCGGCUGUCCAAGAUGUAUUGUGUUAGCCGUAGAUGAUCUGUCGUCUCUCUCUCUCUCCUCUCUCUCUCUCUCUCUCUUGCUUUUCCCCUCCAACUCUCUCCUGCCUCUGCUGCUUCCCAACUGCCUCUCCCGUCUGUUUGCCUCUUCCAACUACCGCCCCUUACCGAUACCCUGGGCUGCACAUGCCCAGUUUGGCCGCCACCUCCUCUCCGCCGCCCGCACCGCCUUGUCCAGUUCUGCCCGUCCGCUCAUCAAACAGACUCAGUCAAGAUCGCCCUCUUACCGAUUCAUUGAUUCCAAGCUUUUCCCACUGCUCGAAAACUCCACAGCCGGUUUUUGUGGACUUGUUUCGCGUCAAUCUCUCCCUCUGCAGCACCGGGGCCUCCCCUGCCAACACCUGACGUCUCGCGGCAGCCGUCAUAACUGUCUUUGUUGUCCCCUUUUGUGCCAUCUGUCUUGUCUUGCCUUGGUCUCCUGUCCAACCUCGCACACACACAAGAUCAAACCCAUGAUCACAGCGCCUGGUCGACACCACCGCUGAAGCCUGCCUGCGCCCCAAGCACACGACGCUCAUUCUUGUUAUACCACUCCAGUUCAACCCGCUCCCCCCCAGCACUUCGCUGGGCUGCCCUUUGUCCCCACCACCGCCUACUUUUCGCCGGUACUGUGUGGGCCCGCAUCAAGAGCCCCAACGGCCAGAUUACGACAGCCCUUCCACACUCCACCCUACUACUACUACCAACUAUUUCCAGCGUCACUGAGCGCUCCAGCCCUCGCGCUCUGCCCUCGCAAAAGCAAGGCAUGCUCCAUGAGCGUUGCCCCCGCUGAAUCACGACCGGAGAGUCGGCAGCCCAGUUUCAGACGACCAUGCUCGACGAGAAGAAACCUGCCAUCCAGUUCGACCCCCCUGACGCAAAAGCACGACUACGCGCCAGCUCCGUCACCAUGCUGAGGCAGUCGCGUCGCCUCCUCUGGAGGUCCAGAGGCCUGGUAUACACGGCACUCGCCAGUAUCUUCGUGUGCUCGCUACUGCUCAGUGCUACCGGCCGGGGCUAUGGCGUAGUACCGUGGACAGUUGACAUGAGUGGCACGGCCAUGGGUUACGGAAGUGGGCGUAAAUCCUCAAAGGGGAAGCCAACCUCGGAGGACUACGACGACAAGGCUAAUCAAUGGCUGUUCUCCAAGGAAUACAACGAGACUGGGUCACUUCCCGACGCUGGCGUGAUCUACGGGAAUACCCUGACCACACUUGUCGACAAGGACAGAGUCCGGCCCGAGACGGAGGCCAACCUGACCUUAGCCGAUGUCUCGACGGCCUUCACCGAAGAAUCCCCCUACUACUUCAACCCGUACCCGAAAUACGACAGCGACGAGUGGAGGCAGGAGCACCGGGGCGAUUUUGUGCCUUGCGAUGGGCCCCUCGGCGAGAUCAGGGACAUACAGGUGUUCAAGGGACACCCCGAGAAAUGGCCCGCCCCAAGCUUCGGAAGCUUCGACCUGUUCGAUAUCGACCCCAACCUGUGCUACGAAAGAGACACGAGGAUGGGCCAGUAUGGGAUGCAGUUGCAAUUCGACAGGCCAGCGCACAUCCUGGACUGGACAAAGGUGCAGUGGGGCAAGCUGCAGCAGGAGUGCGCAGACAAGAACAAGCCGCGGUUUGACCGCUCGGAUCUCUCAGAAGAGUCUGUCACGACAGGCGGUGCGCAAUCCAACAAAGGAAGCCCGGCCAUAGGCGAGACAUCUGAAGAACUCAAGAAGCAGAGGCAGGCGCAGCGCCUCAAGCGGCGAGGAGCCACCCAAACAUCGGAAACAGCCACCCAGGCCAACUCCACGUCGGCCGUCGUCCGACCGGAGAUCCCUCCCGAGUCCAGGACGGCCGUUUUGUUACGUUCCUACACGGGCAAACGCUAUACUGACAACGAGAAGCACAUGAUGCGGUCACUAAUUAGUGAGUUGUCACUGCGAACCGGCGGGGAGUAUCAGGUCUAUCUCCUGGUACAGGUCAAGGACUCACUCGAGGAUCUUGCGCUGUGGGACAAGGAGACGUACAAGUACGUUAUGCAAACACAGGUCCCCAAGGAGUUCCACGACAUCGCCAUACUGUGGGGCAGCUACGAAGUACAGGAGAUGUACCCCUUACUCGACCCUCUCGACGCGGCGACAGUCCACAAUGCACAGUGGUUGUCAGUGCAGAAGUUUACCAAGGAGCACCCAGAAUUCGACUUCGUUUGGAACUGGGAGAUGGACUCCCGGCUGAUCGGCCAUCAUUACGACGUGCUCACCAAAAUAACCCAAUUCGCCAAGAAGCAGCCAAGAAAGGGGCUCUGGGAGCGAAAUGAGCGCUUCUACGUUCCUGCUUACCAUGGCGAUUACGACACCAAGUAUCGCAAGUUUGUCGAGAAGGCGUCCGGGAAGGACACUGUCUGGGGCGCGCCUGAAUUGCCCUUUAUCAAACCUAUCGGACCCAAACCGCCUGUAGAGUCGCCAGCGCAAGACAGAUAUGAGUGGGGAGUCGGAGAGGACGCCGAUCUCAUAACCCUUUCGCCAAUGUUCAAUGUCGAUGAGAGCAACUGGAUCCUCAGGAACCAAGUCUGGCAGUACAAUGACACCACGCACAACUCUACCGAGCUGCCCCGUCGGGCUACUAUUGUGACACAGUCAAGGCUCUCGAAGCGCCUCAUCGAGGCGAUGUCGGCCGAGAACCUCAAAGGAAACCACGUCGGCUCCGAGAUGGCGGCCGACACGGUGGCUCUCCUUCACGGCCUGAAGGCCGUUUACGCCCCCAUGCCCGUGUUCAUGGACCGGCCGUGGAGCACCGAGCAGCUGCAGAAGUGGUUCAACCCAGGACCAGGAGGCACCAGUGGCGGUCCGGGAAGCGCAAUGGGCUGGGGCCGCGAGCACCGCUUCCAGGGCACCACAUGGUACUACCGAGCACAGCCGCCGCAGCGGCUGUACAACAACUGGAUGGGAUAUGAGGACACAGGAAUCGGUGGUAGGGCAUGGGAGAAUCACAACGGCCGCCCAUGUCUACCAGCCAUGUUCCUGCAUCCUAUCAAGGAUGUAAUGCCAACGUGGUCUGGUUACGCCAGCCAGUCAGAGUUGCCCUACAACUGGUGGGAGGUUUUCAAGGACAAGGAAGAGAAAGAUGGCAAGAAUUGAGUUGCCACGCACAGGAAGGAGUAACUCGGGCCACAGGCCACGACUGACUCACCGGCACCACCGCCGAAAAGGUGGCACAACGAGGGAGACCGCCUCCGCGAGGUUGGGCUUUUUAUAUACCCGGCACAAGAUUGCCAAGCAAUAUACAUCUGGGCAUGGGCAUACAGCAUGCAUAUGAUGGAGAUCAUUGGACCUUGGCGGUGUGGGCAUUUGCUUUGGACCUUUUGCUAUGUGUAUCAUACACGUCAUAGUAUUUUCUUGGUGGGGAGAACUCGAAAAGCUUGUUCGGUUCCCUUUUUAGCGAGGCGUUUGGUAGGGGAAUUUAGAAGACAUUUUGAUCA